AUGUCGUGCGACAUCCGCCCAACCAUAACAUCAACAGCAACCCUCUACAUAAACCCCUACCAAACACCACCACGCUGUCCCUGCCGCCCCUCCUCCUCUCCACACUACUCCUCCUCCUACUAUCACUCCUCAACACCAUCCAACUCCCGCCCCUGCCCCUCCCACGCCUGCUGCAGCCUCAACAUCAUCCUCUACCGCUGCGCAGCCUACUGCCGCCAACCGACAGACUACCACCAAUACGCCGAAUCCUCCCCCACCGCCCAGCACUCUUACUACACCCAAUCGACCUCCCGCGCCGCAUACUCGUAUUCAUACUCCUACACAAACGACCACACAUACCCCUACUCACCACACUACCCCUACACCUCCCCCCGCCCACGCUGGCGCACAAUCCGCAUCUUCGACCGGAACCCAGACUUCCACGCCCUCGAAUCCGCCGACCUCCGCUUCGCGAUCUCUGAACUUGUCGACAUUGGGGGGAUCCUCCUCCACGCGGAGUCUGAACUCGAAAAAGCGCGGCUGCGAGUAGAUCGCGAACGCCGGCGUCACGAUGCCGCGCACGGGCGGUCCUGUGAGCGCCAGCGGGGCCACCAGCGGGAGUGUAACUGGACUCGACGCAUCGCGGAGAUGGCGCUCGAAGCAGACGAUAUCAAGUUCAGCUCCGAGGUGCUGGCGGAUUGCUGGGUGAAGUACGUCGGGUUGCUGCGGAAGUACGAGUCGUUGGGGCAGCGGCGGGUGAGCGGGCUUAUCGAGGAUCGCGGACAUCGGCGGCUGCGGAGGAGCGGGAUCGAGGUUGAGGUUGAGGUUCCUAGGUUGGACACGGGGAAGCCGUUUCGGUAUGUUUCGCGGGAGAGCUGGAGUCGGGAGAAGAGGGUUCCUGAGGGGGAUCGGGAGUGUUGUAGGGAGUAUAAGAAGGGACAUGGUAGACCGGAGGCGAAUACGGGGCGACGUCGGUCGGUGAGGUUUGCGGAUGAGGUUGGUGGUGGGAAGGGGUAUCUUGGUGAAGGUGGGCGGAGUCGGAGGUGGUCGAUGUACUAG